GGUCUCUCACCUCGUCGUCUCUCUGUUCAACUACAGAUCCAUCUUCCACUCUUCACUUUCCCUCCUGCUCAGCCUCACCCCUCCGAAUCCAGCCCUCCCCCCCUACUAUCCCCAGUCCAGUCCCAGGCGGACGGUGGUCGCAGGGCAGAGAGAAAGGGCAAGAGAAAGGGAAGAGAAAAGGCAAAAGAAGUCCAUUGCCGCAGGUCGUCUCGUCGUCGGUCGUUGCUAAUCCGUCCGGGAAGACGCACACGGUCAUCUUAAAAGCGUCUAACGGCCUAAGAGCGUGGUAUUUUGAAUUUACAAUUAUCGCAACUUGCUGCGGGUAGUCACGAUCCUGGUGCUCCGCUCCUGCGACCUGGUACUCCGCUCCUAGGCACAUUAUCUACGAGGCGGCGUGUCGCUAGGGCUUGCUGGCUUUUCGAACAUUUUCGAGCCGAGAGCUUCACGCGUAACUCCGCGGCUGAGAAGGCGAACGUGACGGAAGCUCAAUCCGCGCAGCAGCAGCCUCGUUAUUACACGUAUCGACAUCAUUAUUAGACGCUUCAGGCUCGACUACAUCUUUCGAUCUUCACCUCAUCGCCUCUUCUCUAUAACCGCCCGGCCGGCGGCAGCAAAGGCGCAAUGGGGAAGCCCCGACAGCCGCGCCUCCCCUCCGCGUUCCGCCUUGCGCCCAGUAGUAAUCGUGCGCGGGCCAUGCUCGCGCCCCUGACUUCCGCCAACCUCUCUCUGUUGCUCCUCCUCGCGCUGUUGCUCCGCCACGCGCCGCUCGCCGCGGGCCUCCUCCGCCUCAAGACCCCCGAGCAGCUCGGCUACUCAUUCCCCUCCGCCGACUCCGACUUCGGUCCUGUCAUCCCUUUCAGCGGCAUCUGGGGAAGGCUGUACCCGGCGCUACCGGCCAACGCAUGCCAGCCGAUUCAGAAUCGCGUGCCGCGCGGCGUCGUCCAGUUCGCGCUGAUAGCGCGCGGGGACUGCGCUUUUGGGCGGAAAGUGCAGAAUGCGCAGCUCGCGGGGUUUGCUGCGGCGGUGGUCUACAAUAACGAAUCCAAUCAGGACCUCGUUAUAAUGACGGAGAACGAGCGCACGGGCGUAGUGAUCCCAUCCGCGUUCAUCUCCCUGGAAGCCGCCUCCACCGUGCUCUCAGCACUCCAGCCGUAUCCCGACAGCAUCGCCAUACUCUACCCCUCCGAGACCUUCCUGCCCGCCUCCGCCUACUCCUGGUCCUUCAUCAUCUGGAUAUCCUCCCUCCUCGCUGUAGGCAUCAUGCUGCUAGCGUUCCUAUGCGUGUGUCGGUAUCGGAUUCGCAAUGCAGUGGCAGGGGCGGCGGCCGCCGCGGGGGUGAAUCCUGCUUUCCUGCCGAUCCAGCUGACGUCAGCGCCGGAUAAGAUGACCAUGGAAGAGGUCAUGGCGCUGCCCGAGAAGACUUUUUCGGGGCUGCCCGGUUCCAAGCGGGCAGAGGUUGAAAAUAAGGGCGGCAGCAGCAAGGGUGCCAGUAGUGAACGGGACAGAAAGGAGGAGGUGGCAGUCUUAGGAGGAGAAAGGGCAGAGGACUGUGGGCAGAGUGACUCUACAGAGCGGGGCAAUGGUAAGGAGAAGUAUCCUAUGGAGAGCUCCCAGAGUGAUGGUACCACAAGAGCCGCUGAAGGAAGGAGGCUCUCGGGUGACUACAGCAAGCAGGGCAACAGGGAACUGGGAGACGUGGAGUUGGGUCGGCAGGGCAGCGUGCGAAGCCGAGUGUCGUUCUGCAGUAGGGACGAGAGGGAAAGGGGGGAGGGGGCGGAGGGGGAGGAGGAGGAAGUGAUCGUCAGGAGCACGUGGGAGACGUGUGCCAUCUGCCUUGAGGACUAUGCGUGUGGGGAACGGCUGAGAGUCCUGCCAUGCAGCCAUGAGUUCCACACUGAGUGUGUGGAUGAAUGGCUCACAACCCGCCAGCCCUUCUGCCCUGUCUGCAAACGCGUUGCGCGAGCCCAGAAAAAGACAGCACAAGAGGCGACCGCCUUAUCUGCCUCUACUUCCUCCUCCUCUUCAUCAUCAUCGUCCAAUGACUUGGAGAUCGCGAGCGAUAUCCAGCUCUUAUCACAUGUAUCUUCGGAAUCAACCAUCCCCGAGGCGAGUCGUCAUGGAUCGAGCACUGGGCUACAAGCGCAAGAUGAGGAAUCAUCACGGGCUGUGCAAGGGCAACAGGCGGAGGGCAAUAUGGUGAUAAACGUGGAGAAUCAUUCAAGCGCACAACCACUUGUUGCUGCACAUUGAUUUUAUCAAAAAAUUAGUUACACAAGCUUGGGUAUGCUUAUUUUGUAAUACUUUGGCAUUACCCAAGCAAGC